AUGCACCCAGAAAGCAGGGCGGACAGCCCAGCAGCCAGUCCAAAUGUCCGGCAGUUUCUGCAAGGUGUUAUCCGACGACGGUCCUCGUCCUGGAGCCGGCCUGGCUUGAUUGAGGCCCUCGCUUCGGCCUGCCAGGAGUACUUCGCCCACCGGGGUAGCAUGGUCGUCCGAGCCGGAGACGCAUUCCCGGGAGUGCUGGUCAUUGCCAAGGGGUCUCUGCGUGUGGAGGCCCUGGGCGAUGUUGUUGAGGGAAAAGGACCCGAGAGGAUUCCGGUGGGACAGCUCGGAGAGGGCGACUUCUUCGGAGCCAUGGGCUCCCUCCGCAAGGAGCUGUCGAAGUUCUCCUUCCAGGUGACCUCAAGGUACCUCCGUGGCUUCCUUCUCCCUUCCACAGCAGUGAGCCCAAAGUUGGUUCCCCUGCUGAAUGCAGUCUUCGUCCCUGAGGAGCUGGAAGACGACGAGAGGUUUCAGAUGACUUUCUUAGAGGACCUGGCUCGGAGAGUGGCCCUGGCAGAGGAGGAUAGGCUAAUACCCUCCGACGUGGGGAUACGA